AUGCCUGAGGCAAAAUCAGCAGCCAAAAAGGCCCCCAAAGGCAAAGAGGCCCCCAAACAGGCUGCCCCUAAGGAGGCUCCAGCAGAGGCCCCCAAAGGAGACCCGCCUGAGGACCAGUCCCCCACUGCAGAAGAGCCCACUGGAAUUUUCCUGAAAAAGCCGGACUCUGUGUCGGUGGAGGCUGGAAAGGAUGUGGUGAUCGUGGCCAAGGUGAAUGGGAAGGAGCUCUCCGACAAGCCGACCAUCAAGUGGUUCAAGGGCAAGUGGCUGGAGCUGGGCAGCAAGAGUGGUGCCCGCUUCUCUUUCAAGGAGACCCAUGAUGCUGCCAGCAAUGUGUACACUUUGGAGCUGCACAUCCAGAAGGUGGUCCUGGGCGACCGUGGGGACUACCGCCUCGAGAUCAAGGCCAAGGACGCCUGCGACAGCUGUGGCUUCAACAUUGAUGUGGAGGGUGGCUGGCAGAGGGUGGUGCACGGCUGCCAGGGAGAAGAGGAGGUGGUUGAAGAGGAGAAGAAGAAGAAGAAAGAUGAAGAUGACCUGGGCAUCCCCCCCGAGGUUUGGGAGCUCCUGAAGGGAGCCAAGAAGAGUGAGUAUGAGAAGAUCGCCUUUCAGUACGGCAUCACCGACCUCCGGGGCAUGCUGAAGCGCCUCAAGAAGGCCAAGGUCGAGGUCAAGAAGAGCGCAGCCUUCACGAAGAAGCUGGACCCCGCCUACCAGGUGGACAGAGGCAACAAGGCCAAGUUGGUGGUGGAGAUCAGCGACCCAGACCUGCCCCUCAAGUGGUACAAGAACGGCCAAGAGAUCAAGCCGAGCAGCAAGUAUGUGUUUGAGAAUGUUGGGAAGAAGCGAAUUCUCAUCAUCAACAAGUGCACGCUGGCAGAUGAUGCCCCCUACGAGGUUGCUGUCAAGGAUGAGAAGUGUUCCACCGAGCUCUUUGUCAAAGAACCUGCAGUCCUGAUUGUCACACCCCUCGAGGACCAGCAGGUGUUUGUGGGCGACCGGGUGGAGAUGUCGGUGGAGGUGUCAGAAGACGGUGCCCAGGUCAUGUGGAUGAAGGAUGGUGUGGAGCUGACCCGGGAGGAGUCCUUCAAGGCCCGGUUUCGCUUCAAGAAAGACGGGAAGCGCCACAUUCUCAUCUACUCGGACGUGACUCUGGAGGACAGGGGGCGCUAUCAAGUCAUGACCAAUGGCGGCCAGUGUGAGGCCGAACUCAUUGUGGAAGAGAAACAGCUGGAGGUCCUGCAGGACAUCGCGGACCUGACAGUGAAGGCCUCGGAGCAGGCCGUGUUCAAGUGCGAGGUGUCUGACGAGAAGGUGACGGGCAAAUGGUACAAGAACGGCGUCGAGGUGCGACCCAGCAAGAGGAUCACCAUCUCCCACGUGGGGAGGUUCCACAAGCUGGUGAUCGAUGACGUCCGUCCCGAGGAUGAGGGAGACUACACUUUCGUGCCUGAUGGCUACGCUCUGUCACUCUCCGCCAAGCUCAACUUCCUGGAAAUCAAGGUGGAAUAUGUCCCCAAGCAAGAGCCCCCCAAGAUCCACUUGGACUGCUCGGGGAAGACCUCCGAGAAUUCGAUUGUGGUCGUGGCUGGAAACAAGCUGAGGCUGGACGUGGCCAUCACUGGGGAGCCCCCUCCCGUGGCCACCUGGCUGAAGGAGGAUGCAGUAAGUUGGGGCUUCCAGGCCCUGAGUGCCUCUCCCUCUCGGCUGCUGGGGGACUUUCUUUUUUUUUUCCUCUCUUAGAGAUGAGGUCUCGCCAAGUUGCCCAGGCUGGUCUUGAACCCCUGGGCUCAGGCGAUCCUCUCACCUCCGCCUCCCAAACCGUGUUUCAUUCAAUUAAUUGAUGUCCCAGACCCCCCGGAGGCUGUGCGUGUCACCUCAGUGGGCGAGGACUGGGCCAUCCUGGUCUGGGAGCCGCCCAAGUAUGACGGAGGGCAGCCGGUCACUGGAUACCUCCUGGAACGGAAGAAAAAGGGGUCUCAGCGCUGGAUGAAGCUGAACUUUGAGGUCUUCACGGAGUUGACCUACGAGUCCACCAAGAUGAUGGAGGGCGUCCUCUAUGAGAUGCGGGUCUUUGCUGUCAACGCCAUCGGGGUCUCUCAGCCCAGCAUGAACACCAAGCCCUUUAUGCCUAUUGCACCCACCAGUGAGCCAGUGCACCUGAUGGUGGAGGAUGUGUCGAACACCACCACCACUCUCAAGUGGAGGCCUCCCAACAGGAUCGGGGCAGGCGGCAUCGAUGGGUACCUGGUGGAGUACUGCCUGGAAGGCU